CCAGUGAUGAGGUCGCUCGCUCGCCGCCCGUCAACUCUGCCGCCCGCGUAGGAGUAAGGAAGUAAGGGGGCCCAGGAGGACCAGGAGGAACCAGGAGGGACCAGGAGAAACCAGGAGAAACCAGGAGGAACUAGCAUGUCGGACCAGUCAGCCUUCGACACCGACGUGUGGACCCUGACCCGGUUCGUCAUCGAGACGGGUCGCCAGGCGAAAGGUUCCACCGGCGAGCUGACGCAGCUCAUCAACGCCAUCCUGACCGCCGUGAAGGCCAUCUCCUCCGCGGUGCGCAAGGCCGGCCUCAACCACCUGCAGGGCCUGGCGGGCUCAGUGAACGUGACGGGCGACGACGUGAAGAAGCUGGACGUGCUGUCCAACCAGCUGGUCAUCAACAUGCUGCAGGCGUCCUACGGGACCUGCUGCAUGGUGUCGGAGGAGAACCGCGAGCUCAUCGUCACGCCCAAGGACAAGAGGGGGAAGUAUGUGGUGUGUUUUGACCCUCUGGACGGAUCCAGUAACAUCGACUGCUUGGCUUCUAUCGGCACCAUAUUUGCCAUCUACAAACGGGUGUCGGAGGGGGAGCCCACGGAGAAAGACGCCCUGCAGACCGGGAACCACAUUGUGUGUGCGGGCUACGCGCUGUACGGCAGCGCCACGCUGGUGGCCCUCAGCACCGGGGCCGGCCUCCACUUCUUCAUGCUGGACCCCGCCAUCGGCGAGUUCAUCCUGACGGAGAAGAACGUGAAGAUGAAGCCGAGGGGAAAGAUCUACAGUCUGAACGAGGGCUACGCCAAAUACUUCCACCCCUCCAUCAACGAGUACCUCCAGCACAAGAAGUAUCCGGAGGAUGGCAGCGCUCCCUACGGCGCUCGCUACGUGGGCUCUAUGGUCUCAGAUGUUCACCGCACCAUCGCCUACGGAGGGAUCUUCAUGUACCCUGCCAAUGAGAAGAGCCCCCAGGGAAAGCUGCGGCUGUUGUACGAGUGCAACCCCAUCGCCUUCCUCAUUGAGCAGGCGGGGGGCGUGGCCACCACGGGCACCCAGAGGGUGCUGGACGUCCAGCCCCAGACCCUCCACCAGAGGGUGCCCUUCGUGGUCGGAUCCUCCGAGGACGUCAACGAGUACCUGACCUUCGUCAAGAAGUACCAGUAAAUAUAUAUAUAAUUG